CCCACUGCUCGUGGUAGCGAGCCGCAUGCGCAGCUGCUCAACGGCGUUGCUUACCGAAAAGAUGGAGUGUCCUGCGCCCGAUGCUACCGAGGCUGCGGACCCUGGAGGAGCCGAACCGAACAAGAGCUCCGAGGAGCCGGAGGGUCGGGAACCGGACGGAGUGCGCUUCGACCGCGAGAGGGCGCGCCGCCUGUGGGAAGCUGUGUCCGGUGCGCAGCCGGCGGGGAGGGAGGAAGUGGAACACAUGAUCCAGAAGAACCAGUGUCUCUUCACUAGCACCCAGUGUAAAGUUUGCUGCGCCAUGCUGAUCUCUGAGUCUCAGAAGCUGGCACAUUACCAGAGCAAAAAGCAUGCCAACAAAGUAAAGCGAUACCUAGCAAUCCAUGGAAUGGAGACACUGAAAGGGGACGUGAAGAGGCUAGACUCAGAUCAGAAGAGCAGCAGAAGCAAAGACAAGAACCACUGCUGCCCCAUCUGUAACAUGACCUUUUCCUCCCCUGUUGUGGCGCAGUCGCACUACCUGGGGAAGACCCACUCAAAGAACUUAAAGCUGAAGCAGCAGUCCACUACGGGGGCAGCUUUGUCGAAACACCUUACAAAUCCUUUCCUUGUGGCCUCCACCUUAGCCUUGCAGCAAAAUAGAGAGAUGCUAGACCCAGACAAAUUCUGCAGCCUCUGCCAUUCGACAUUUAAUGACCCUGCCAUGGCUCAGCAGCAUUACAUGGGCAAGAGACACAGGAAGCAGGAGACUAAGCUCAAACUCAUGGCGCACUACGGGCGGCUGGCGGACCCUGCCAUCUCCGACCUACCAGUUGGGAAGGGCUACCCCUGCAAGACGUGUAAAAUCGUGCUGAACUCCAUAGAACAGUACCAAGCUCACAUCAGUGGCUUCAAACACAAAAACCAGUCACCCAAAACAUUGGUAACACUCGGGAGCCAGGUGCCAGUGCAAACACAAGCCACUCCAAAGGACUCAAGCACAGCAGAAGACUAGAGCUGUCUCUGCCUGGUCAGCCUUGGUGGGGCGGCCACAAGCCAGUUCCUGCUGACUCUGGUUAGCCUGUGGCUCCUUCCUCCACCUCUCUUAGAUCAGAAGAAUAUGGAGGUGUAAGGCCAAUGUGGGCUGCAGAUCUGCAGAUAGCCUUUGACUGUACCCAGCUGCAGCUCCUCCUGCCCCUCCUUAGCAUGGCUGUAGGUCAUGGCAGAGACUGGGCUCUGAGAAGACCUGAGGGGGUGGCUUAGAAGUUGGCCUUCCUGCCCCUCUGGGUGUAUGUCCUGCAGCCCCAGUGUCUGUUUUUACUCUCAAGGUCAGUGGGGAGCAAGGUCUUGCAGAGAAGGGAGAGCACUGUCUCUGGACUCCAGGCAGCUUGGUGUGGAAACGUGGAGCUAAUGUGUCAUCCCUGUCCUCAAGUGCAGGCUUGCUUGGAAUAGAUCCUGCCAAUGUGGAGUCUCCUGGAACACCAGAGUCUUGCAGAGCACUGCCAUCUCUGCUGCCUGUCUCUCCAGUUCCCAAGUGGUGCUAGGCAUUGCAGCAGCUAGGAGUUUGAGGAGACCUGAGUGCCCAGUGGGAUCAUGGGAGGGAGUUUGAGGAGACCUGAGUACCCAGUGGGAUCAUGGGAAGGAGUUUGAGGAGACCUGAGUGCCCAGUGGGAUCAUGGGAAGCACCUAAGGGGGCCUUUGUCCAGACAAAGGUCCAACCCAAGAUCAUGUGAGAAAGUCUCCCACUUGCUAUGUUCCUUGAUUCUGUGCCCUUAUAGGUAACUGCCUCCUGCCAGCCUACUGAAAGGUCACUUGGUGUUAGCUCUGUGCCCUUGUGUAGUAGGCUAUCUAUCCCUUGUGUAGUGGGCUAUCCCACCCAGUUUGCUCUGGUGCUAUCCUUCCCUUGUCAUCCUCAAGAAGAUUCUGGGGGAACUGAAAAGGGAUGUAGAACUGGUGCAGGUUCUACAGUAAGCAAAGGGUCCCCAGACCUUGAACUGAGAGGUUCGUUCCUACUGGCUUUGUGUCCUGGGAAUCCACUACAGUGGGUUUACAUGUGACUGUGGAGCAGAGCUUCCAGGAAGUAUCCCUAAAGCUUAUAGAGAUUAAAAAAAAAAGCUUCCUUGUUAAUGCAGUUGGGUACCAUGUAGGGAUGGGGCAGGGCUUAAACUCCUGUUCUUUGGUCACUCAACCAUCCAAAUAAAGAAUUUCAUCUGUGGGUCAGGCUAUAACCUCAGCCCUGGGCUUUACUCCCAUGUUGAUAUGCUAUGGCAUCCCUACACAGCCAGCCCCCAGUGUCCUCAGUAACAAUCUUACCCGGGAACAGUCUCCCUGAUGCCCUAAGCCCAGCCCAGUUCAUCCCUCAGCUGUGGGAUCGAUUCUUGAGAUAGUCACUGUGGCUGCCAAGUGGGGGCUGCAGAGGCCAGUGUGAAAGCUGUGUCGGAUGUUGUUUGUCUCCAGGGUGAUUCCGCCAGGGCAGAUGUCCACUGAGCUCGUGUCCAAGAUGAGCAUGCUGUGUCUUAAGUUCUGGAUCUGUGAGUGGUUGGGUGACAUGCUUAAAGACAGGUGUCCUUUCUCACUCCACUCAGAGCUGUAAGCGUUUCCACGAAAUUCUCCUGGCUGCCUGGUCCUUGGGAGAGAGAGCCUUUUCUUUUACUCAGAAAUGACAGGCAGAGAGCAUUACCUUUUGGAACUGAUGCAGACAGGCCAGGCCAAGCACCAGCAGACCCAGUUCUUUGUGGCAUGCUGCUCUGGGCACCUGCCCCUAGCUCCUGACUCCUAGGGUAGGGUCUCCACUUUCAGCUUCCCAACCGUAGGCCACCUCAACAGUCUACCUAGAAUUCUGUGCAGCCUGGUGUGUCAGAAUUAGUAAAGAUUAGGAGGUAGGGAAUUGAAUGGUAAGGUCAUGAAUGGGCUGACUGGCUAAUGUGCCCUUGUCUUGUAAGGCCUCUUUGUGUAGGUAGGGUCAGGAGUCCCUACCAGCUGCAUGCCCAGCACUACAGGUGUGGAAACCCUAGAAGUAGCUCGCUGUUGCCCUUUGGAUGCUCGCGUACUUGAAAAUCAUGAUUUGGAGAGUCAUAUGGGAGGGUGCAGGUGGCAGUAUCCAGGUCGCAAGCUAAGGGCAUGGAGUAGAGGGCUGAGAGAGAAAAGGCUGGUCUGUGUGGCUUUCAGGGUUUUGUUUUCUAGUUUGUUUCAUGUGGCCCAGGCUGGUCUCAAAUUUGCCAUUUAAGAGGCUGCUCUUGAACUGCUUGCUGAUCCUCCCACCCCUACCUCCCUAGUUAGGGAUGGCAGACAUGUGCCACCACAUGUGUUUUCAUCCAUGUCAUUGUGUGUUUGGUUGCUUGGUUUGGUUUGGUUUUUCAGGACAGUGUCUCAGUAUGCAGCUCUGGCAGUUCUGGAACUCACUCUGUAGGCCUUGAACUCAGAGAUCCACCUGCCUCUGCCUCCCCUCCCAAAUGCUGGGAUUAAAGGCAUGUGCCCCCAUGCCUGGCUGAGAAGUUGUUUUAAUACUGUCGAGUAGUCCUUCAUUUGGAUUGGUUACAGCCUAGCUUUGUACUGUUGAACAAUUGUAUUUUUUCUGAGGUUAUCUCGAAUAAAGCUGCUGUAGCAACUGUG